AACCAGUCCGAACUGGCUGAAUACCACCUCUGAACCAGAUCCCACUCUGUGAAGUUAGGACAGAGACCACGAUCUACCCAGCUUGUUAAUUAAUCUCUUCUCUUUUUUGAUUCUCUCUUUUUCCCCCCUUAGAAUAUUGUCCACCAUGAAUGCUCAACCAAAAGUUGUCACUCAGCCACAGGCGGGGGUGGCCCAGCCCAAGGCGAACAACUGGCAAACGGACUUAUGCGACUGCUUUAGUGACUGUGGAGUGUGUCUCUGUGGAAUGUUCUGUUUCCCUAUUUUGUCAUGCCAAGUUGCCACAGCUAUGAAUGAAUGUUGUUGCUGUGGCGGAACUGUGGCCAUGCGAGCUGUCUACAGGACAAAAUACAAUCUCCCUGGAUCCAUCUGUGGGGAUACCUGCAUUGUGGGCUGUUUCCCCAUGUGUUCUCUCUGCCAAGUCCAGAGAGAUAUCAAAAAAAGGAAAGAAAUGGGAAUAUUCUAGAAGACUUCGUCCUCAGCGCCUUUACAUUCCUCCUUUUUUCAUUAGCAUUCUGAGA